UGUGGAGGCGGCGGCCAUCUUGGCGGCGGAGCGAUGAACGGGUCGAACCCGAAGGCUGCGGCCGCGGGGUCCGCCGCUGGGCCCGGGGCGCUGGUGGCUGGCAAGGAGGAGAAGAAGAAGGCGGGCGGCGGCGUCCUGAACCGGCUCAAGGCGCGGCGGCAGGCGCCCCAUCACGCGACCGAUGACGGCAGCGGGACAGCGGUCACGGAGCAGGAGCUGCUGGCGCUGGACACCAUCCGGCCGGAGCACGUCCUGCGCCUCAGCCGGGUCACCGAGAACUAUUUAUGUAAACCUGAAGACAACAUCUACAGUAUUGAUUUCACACGCUUCAAAAUUCGAGAUUUGGAGACAGGGACAGUGCUUUUUGAGAUUGCCAAACCCUGUGUUGCAGACCAGGAGGAGGAGGAGGAGGAGGAAGGUGGAGACGUAGAUAUCAGUGCGGGGCGUUUUGUCCGCUAUCAGUUCACACCAGCCUUUCUCCGCCUCCGGACAGUCGGGGCUACAGUGGAGUUCACAGUGGGAGACAAACCUGUGUCAAACUUCCGGAUGAUCGAACGGCACUAUUUCCGGGAACGCUUGCUGAAAAACUUUGACUUUGAUUUUGGCUUCUGCAUUCCCAGCAGUAGGAACACUUGUGAACAUAUCUACGAGUUUCCCCAGCUUUCUGAGGAUGUCAUUCGUCUGAUGAUUGAAAAUCCGUAUGAGACCCGCUCUGACAGCUUCUACUUUGUAGACAACAAGCUGAUAAUGCACAACAAGGCUGAUUAUGCCUAUAAUGGAGGCCAGUAACUGUUGCAGGAGUGUACGGGGGAGGUGCUUUGCUGCAGCUACAAAGUCCUGGCACAGGAGGUGACCGAAGCUGCUGUUUGUCAACACACAUCUGGAACCUGGCCCCAGGGAGCCAAAGCUGCCCAGGGGUGGCAGUUGUCUGUGUUCCAAGGGAGGUGCCAAGCAGUGCUGUGUUUUCUUCCCCAGUAUUUUUUGUUCCCCUUUUUCCCCUGCCCCUUAGGUCGCAGAGGUACUGUAGUAAAGUAAAAGAUUAGGAUAAGACCCCUGGAAUCCAGAUAAAAAAGCAAGCUUAUUUCCACAUAGGUAUAGCUGUCUACUGCUUGUACCGAUGAGCCUCAGUCUCUGCAGGCAUAGCUGUGCUCAGAGAGAAGGCCGUGGGAAGCUGACAGAUAGGCCUCUCUCCAGGCAACUCCUCUCCUCACUGCUGGCAUUGCCAUCAGCACAGUCUGUCCUCAGCUGGUGCACAGUCCUAAACCCAUAGCAGAAACAGGAGAGCAGGGGAGGGGUGGUGCCAGGACGUUGAGGUUUUAUCCCAGGGAGAAGCAAUGCUGCCGAAAUGAGAGAUCCAUUUGUGGCGUGGCCUGAUUAUCUGUCUGACUUCUGGGCUCCUCCUCAGCCAGGCCUCCUGGGACUGGAUCAGGGGUUCAGCCUGGUAAUGCCUUCCUGUUCUCAUUUUGGAGGGAAGAUGAGCUUGCUCUGCUUCAUCUGGCUCCUCACAUUUGAGUAUCUCCUGAUACAGAAUGUGUCAGUUUUGCUCAUGGACCAAUAGUAUCAUUUGAGGCCAGAGCAGGCCUUGUUUGCUUUUUUUUUAUUUUAAUUCCAGACUUCUCUUUGGAGGUUUUCUAAGUGGUCAGUAGUGUUCCCAGCAUGUGUGAUGUGUAUGGUCAGACUCCUGGAUAGUAUUACUCAGGCUCCAGGUGCCCGUCUGGCUCAUGGUGAGGCAGAGCAGUGAGGGCCCAGAGCUCCUCUAAGGGAAGGAUUUUAUUUUCUCUACACAGCAUAGCCUGGAGGAUUGGCUUUUGAUGGGGAUUUGCCCCUGAAACUCUUUGUAUGUUUCUUAUUUAGGAAGGUUCUCCUAUCUUGUCUUUCUACUGAAGUAAUUUCUGGAACCAUCCUGGAGGUCAGACCUGCGUAUUGCAUAUUUUGAUCCUCCAGACUGCUAGUUGGAAUUGUUUUAUGUGUGGAGGAAGGGUGAAAUAGGCUGAGGUGGCCAUCAGUGAAAAGUGUUCUCAAAAAGCCACCUUGCACAGCCUGUGAGCUACUUUUGUCCUCAGACCUGUAAUGGAUAGACUCUCCCUGCUUAGCUCUCUUUGAUUGUCUUUGUGGGUGGCUUUAGGUGCUCAGCCAAUACUCUAUGAUCCUCUGAUAAGUGAGCUGCUAUGGCUAGGGUCUGUUUCGCAUUGAUAGGAAUCAGUAGAAAGGACCCUGGUGUGUGGUAAUCACUGCAAGGUGUCACAGUGAUUAUGACAGGACAGCUGUGUUCCAAGAUGCUUAGAAGAAAGGCCACAUUUGGCUAGAGGAAGAAGGGCCAGCACUUUGCCACAAAAGCUCCUGUGCAUUCACUGACCAGUGUUCGAUGUUUGGAUUCUAGAGUGUGGGUGGCCUUGAACCUUGCCCUAGUGCUUUGUGCUAGGUCUGGACUAUGCCAUAUAGGCUAGCAGCUUUCUCGUUGAGAAAGUGCUAGAUUACUCCUGUGUCCUGGCACUGGAUCCAACCACGGAGGGAGGGGAAAGACCAUGCACCCUGCAGAAUGGGCUGCUGGGUGAAUCUCAGAACUGGAAUCAACCACAAAUCCAGGUGCCUUAAGUGUGGCUCUGUCCCAUAUGCUGCUGGGGAAAGCUGCGUAGCCAUCAUUCCCUCCUCAUUUGUGGACAGACAUUAGCACUGUCUCCUAACCUGUUUCUCACUGUGGGAUUUGUUUGUUCCUAUCAGGCUUCAGAACGAUCCCUCCUCUCCCUAACAGAAACCCAAUCUGGAGAGGUUCUACUAUUUGAUAGAGAAGUAUUAUCUAGGAUGUGGUUUUGGGAGCAGCCCGGAGCUCUCCUCCAUAGAGCAUGCGUUGGAAAUGUGUCCCAGGGCAGACUGGAUCUCAUAUAUUAGUAGAUUGUCUCUUCUAUCUGCAGUGUUAGCUCUUGCUAGGAAGAGGAAGGAGGAGAAUGGAGGAGGCAGGCACUCUGGCUUGAAUAGUGCUGCUGUAUCCUCUUUCCUGGUAGCUUGCCUUAGUCUCACUGGAGACCACUUUGAGGCCAAGUACCCAAUCUGUGCCCAGCAGGACUGGUGUCUGGGACUCUGGAUUCCUGUGUCUGGCUACUCAGGAACUCUUGAGAAGCACUGCCACUCUGGUAUGUUACCAGAAUGAGUUUGAAAUUAAAGUUUUUGUACCUGAAUUGUGAAGAGAAUUGGAAAUCAUACUUUCUCUGAACCAGUCAGAGGUUGCUUCAGGAGGCCAUGGUUUUAAGGAAUCUGGACUCUUGAUAGCAGUAAAAAAACUACCUGCAUGGGAAGCCCAUGCCCUCUGUUAAGAGCUGACACCUGAGAGGCAGUUCCUGUAGGGAGCACAUGCCAGCAGCCCGGCAGGCCCACCUGGUGCAGCGGGGCCCUGCUGACUGCCCCCCUCCACGUCCGUCUUGCUCUUGUCUCUCUGCCUUUGCAUCUCCCAGAAGAGAGCCUCUCUUUUCCUAUAGAGCCUUUGGGCUAUGAUGCCCUUCUAGCUUCUCCAAAGAAGAUCCUGCUUUACUUCAUUAUAUGUUCUAAAGGGUAAGCAGAGGAAACAACUGAAAGGAGUUCUGGGCUAAAGGAGGUUGACUUCUCCUUAUGUGUUAGCUCAUAGCUGUCUUGCAGAGAAAGUAGUUUUCAGGAGCAUGCACCUCCUGAAGACAUCAACAUGAUUCCCAGUUCAUGUUGGCAAUGAUUUGCGGGUAUUUGGGGCUAACCACAGACUGGUGAUUCUUGACAUGGGAGUGACUGGGAAAUCUUCAGCUUACUCUUUUGUCAGUUGAGGCAGAACUCAUUUCUGGAAAGGAUUUAAUAGUUUGUGUCUGAUGUACAGACAGGGUGAGUCCUGCCUUUGUGUGUCCAGCCACCCCUAAUAGGCACCCAGGGUACUCUUUUUUCUCUGUAAUGUCACUUUCUUCCCCAUGACAUCAUUAGGGUUUGGGGAUGGGGACUGUCUUAAAAUUCACAGCACAGACUCCUUGCCAAUGCAUGAGGAUUCCUUGAUACAGAGGUGCCUGCUGUACUUAGCCUGUAAGCCUAAUUGUUGAACUCUUAUCUGUCACCCUCAUGCUACUUGCAUUCCAUGUCACAGAACAUCUCAGCCAUAAGAAGGAUCUAGUGGAAGUGGAUCUACCCCUUGUUUUAUAAAAGAUCAUGUGAAGUCAUUGAAGUUGUGAAAUUCUAUUUUUUUUUUCUUGUAAAUCUAUUUUUCACAGAAUAGAAGAGACAUCAGUGACCUGAUCUGUCUUUUCCUGCUCUUUCCCACUUCACCCCAGAUUCCCAUUCCAGUUUGUAUUGUCUUUAUGUCCAAAGUCCACUGGGUGACUUAUUUGUAUAAAAUGUUAUUUUGCCACAAGAGACAGUAAUAAAAGAAUGAUUUUCACAAGGUG